GUGAGCAGACUCGGAGCCCCCAGGUCUUCGCUCGCCCUGUCGAUCGCUCUCGGGAUCACUCCUCCCUUCCUCCCUCCCUUCUUCCCGGCGGCCGCGGCGGCGCUGGGGAAGCAGCGAAGAGGAGUGGCUCGGCCCUGGAAGAAUGCGGCUCUGCCGAGGGGGCAGAGCCCGACGCUGUCUCUCCACGGUUUAAGCAGCCCGAGCCGAGCCCAGGCGACCCAACUGGGCCAGUCGCGGACCCCAUACCCGAACCACUGGAGGCUCCGACUGAUUUGCCCACCGGAGCCUCUGGGCUUCGGGCUUCGACAUGCUGGAGGAGCCCCGGCCGCGGCCUCCGCCCUCGAGCCUCGCGGGUCUCCUGUUCCUGGCGCUGUGCAGUCGGGCUCUGAGCAAUGAGAUUUUGGGCCUAAAGCUGCCCGGCGGCGAGCCGCCGCUGACGGCCAACACCGUGUGCUUGACGCUGUCCGGCCUGAGCAAGCGGCAGCGCGGAGCCAAAGCUGGGAACAAAGACCCUGAUGGCUUUGAAGCCAGGAGCAGCCCCCUCCUCUGUGCUGUGGGGGCCACAGGUGUUGCUCACCUGAGCAGAGAUCAUUUUGACCCAUCAAUGCCUCUUAUAGAUGAGGAAGCCGAGACGCUGUGCUUGCUGUUCCCUUCCUUGUCCAGUGACUUUCUCCCAAAUCACUCAACUGGUACAUUGGCAGGGUUGGAAUUGGAGGAUGGUUGUGCAUUCCUUCUGCCUCCUCAGUCUCAGCUGCCUGUUAGCCUCACCUCCACCAUCACACCCUUCUCAUCCCCAGGUUUCCGUGAGAGUGCUUUUUCCUUCUCCAUGCUGGCUGCUGGGGUCAUGCACGCGGUAGCCACGGCCUGCAGUCUGGGCAAGCUGGUGAGCUGCGGCUGUGGCUGGAAGGGCAGUGGUGAGCAGGAUCGGCUGAGGGCCAAGCUGCUGCAGCUGCAGGCACUGUCCCGGGGCAAGAGUUUCCCCCACUCCCUGCCCAGCCCUGGCCCUGGCUCGGCCUCCAGUCCUGGCCCCCAGGACACAUGGGAAUGGGGUGGCUGUAACCAUGACAUGGACUUUGGAGAGAAGUUCUCUCGGGAUUUCUUGGAUUCCAGGGAAGCUCCCAGGGACAUCCAGGCACGAAUGCGAAUCCACAACAACAGGGUGGGGCGCCAGGUGGUAACCGAAAACUUGAAGCGGAAAUGCAAGUGCCAUGGCACGUCAGGCAGUUGCCAGUUCAAGACAUGCUGGAGGGCAGCCCCAGAAUUCCGGGCAGUGGGGGCAGCAUUGAGGGAGCGGCUGGGCCGGGCCAUCUUCAUCGAUACCCACAACCGCAAUUCUGGAGCCUUCCAACCUCGCCUGCGUCCCCGUCGCCUCUCAGGAGAGCUGGUCUACUUUGAGAAGUCUCCUGAUUUCUGUGAGCGUGACCCUACUGUGGGCUCCCCUGGCACAAGGGGCCGGGCCUGCAACAAGACCAGCCGCCUAUUGGAUGGCUGUGGCAGCCUGUGCUGUGGCCGCGGGCACAACGUGCUCCGGCAGACCCGAGUUGAGCGCUGCCAUUGCCGCUUCCACUGGUGCUGCUAUGUGCUUUGUGAUGAGUGCAAGGUCACAGAGUGGGUCAAUGUGUGUAAGUGAGGGGCAGCCUCGCCCUGGGGCCAGGGAAGGGGACUGUGUGAGAGGGCCACCUUUCCAGCCCUUCGCUCUGAUUUCUUCCUGGGUCUGUCUUGACCCAUGGAAGCUCAAAGUAUCUACCUGGAAACAGCUUUAGAGGUUUGGGGUCAAGUGGAAACUGUGAUGUGCAGCCUUCUCUGACAGUUGGAGGGCCUUGGGGUGGGGCAGGAGUUGUCACCUCUCUUCUCCUUAAACACCUGGAUGGACUGGAAUGAAAUGCACUGUAUUACCCCCUCUUCUCCACUCCUUGGCCCCUUUAACCCUGAUUCACACUUCUUUGGGCUGGGGAGUCUCUAUGGUUUGACCACUCCUCUCCCUUAAGAUAUUGUGUGGAGCCUUAAAACCUGUAUCUAGAAAGACACCCGCUCCCAAACUCCUCUACUGCAGCCUAAGUCCCCUCUAGUAGGGUUGUGGGAGACAGGGCUAGAGAGGUGUUUCUAGGGAAAGGGACGGAGCGCUGGGAGGUGCUCUCCCUGAGUCCUCAGAGAGUUGUCUGUCUAGACCCUUAAGGAAGUUGUCUCCUGUUUAGAUGUUACAGGGACCCCUCCAAAGGAAGGGUUUUACCUAAGACUCUUGGAGUCUCUUUUUCCUUUCAGCAAGAAGGGUGGGCAUGGAUAAUUUAUUGUACUGAGACUUGUUCUUGGUUCCUGUUUGAAAUGAAAAUAAAUUAAGUUACUGGA